AGUCGUCCCUCCAUUCAACCCAGCCUACCGGUGCCUUUAACUCUCGUACUCACAACCAACAUGACGAUGCUUCCUCGGCUUCUCAUCACCGUUCUCGUUAUCCUCAUCACUUCUGCCUUCUCUUCUAAGCUUCCCUCCGCUUUCGUCGAACUCUCCUGCAUCGACCGCACGAUCCUCCGCGAAAUCCGCUACACCACACCGCACAAUUUCAUCGGCCAUCCGAUUCCCGGCGUCGUAGACCCGGUCUGCCUCCUCACGCUCCCGGCCGCACAUGCACUCUCCGCCGCGCAACGCCUGCUCGUUCCGCAGGGCUACUCUCUGAAAGUCUACGACUGCUACCGGCCCCAGCGUGCAGUGGACGCAUUCGUUUCAUGGGCCGCGAACCUCUCCGACACGCUGAUGCGCGACGAGUUCUAUCCGCGAGUCGACAAGGCCCAGCUCUUUGCAGACACGUAUAUGACGCCAACGUCGGGACACAGCCGCGGCAGCACGGUGGACAUCACCAUUGUCGCUCUACCUGUCGUUCCGACGCGCGAGUUCAUCCCCGGAGAGAAGCUGCUGCACUGCACUGCGCCGAAGGAGCAGAGGUUUCCCGAUAACUCGGUGGAUAUGGGGACGGGAUUCGACUGCUUUGAUAGGCUGAGCUGGCCGGACGACGAGCGGAUCGUGGGGUUGCAGAGGGUCAAUAGGGAUUUGCUGAGGCGGACGUUGGAGAGUGUGGGGUUCGUAGCGACCGAGACGGAAUGGUGGCAUUUCACGUACCAGCCCGAAAUUUUCCCCGGAACGUUCUUCAAUUUCGAUGUCACCUGGGAGGCCGUCGAGAAGGUGUGUGCAGAGGGGGGCGGCCGGCGGGAUGAUGUGUUUCGUGCAAACGAAUUGUAGUAGCGUCAAUGCCGACGGCAAAAGAUGGAGGCAAUCCUGUAUCCUUAGAAGGCGAAUAACCUGAUUGGCGUCUGAAGAGCACAAAUAAAAUCAGACCUCG